GUGUUGCCGCGCCAUCGGGUCGCCUUCAUUCAAGCCGGUAGUCGAAGCCGGUUAGGUACUAGAUACGGUUCGUUCACUAUUACUACGGAAAUAUUUAUUUUAAAGAAAAACUUGAUACAAUUUGAGAACGUUUCUAAUAAUUAGAAACUAUUUCCAUUACUUGCUGAAUAUCCAGUGGCGUUACAAUGCCAAAGGAUAAUAAUAUUGUUGACUUGUUCAUGCUCCGUUUUAAGGCGGAAUAUGCAAAAAGUGGAAGAAUGAAGUGUCGUGGAUGUGGACAAGAAAUCGAUCAAGGAACUGUGCGGAUCGCUAUUAUUGAGCGUGUUACGUGCGACUACUUUAGUGCUAACGACUACAAAUGGCAUCAUGAACUAUGUUUUCUAAAAAAAAUCAGGGUCAUAAUUACUCCUGAUAAAAUUCGUGAUUUUUCCACACUCAAAGAUGAGGAUCAGAAGAGAAUCAAGGAUUAUUUGGAUGAAGUUGCUGCUAUACUUUCCAAGAAAAGAAAGUCCUCAGGCAACAAACCUGCUAAGAAAAUAAAAACAGAAACAAGCACAGAAGCCAAGAACACAUUUUUACAGCAAAAUGAAUUAUUGCACAAAUAUAGAAAAGCCCUCAGUGGGCUUUCUGAGCGAGAUAUGGAAAAGCUAUUAGAGGUGAACUCCCAGAAGAUACCCCACCAAUCUGGAUCUUAUGAGCGUUUGGACAGUCUUGCCGAAUGCAUGGCGUUUGGGAAGUUGGAGCCCUGCGAAGAGUGCAAGCAAGGACAGCUGGUAUUACUGACAAACACAUAUAAAUGCACCGGGAACUUAACAGAAUCGACAAAGUGUACUUAUGAAACCCAGAGCCCUAAAAGAUCUCCUAUGAUAAUACCAGCGGAGUUUGAAAAAAACCCAAUCUUCAAGAACUUCACGCCUAAAACUGAUGUAAGGCUAUUUGGCGAUGUACCAAAAGUAGAUGUAAAACCUGAAACUAAGUAAACCCACUACAUUGUCAUAAGUACAAGGUACAUUUAGUUUAGUAGUGUAUCGUUGUGUGUGUGUGUGUGUGUAAUUUUUAAGCAGUUCCAACAGUUACAGUGUUGUAUAAACACCAAAAAUGUAUCUUCUAUCCUGAAACUACACUAUGAAGAAUAAAAAGAAGUUUCUAAAAUUAAGAUA